CCAACACGUGCGGCUAUGUGGGGGGAGAUGGUGGGGAUCGCGGCGAAGGGGACCACCGCGAUCGCGGUGAAGAGCCGCGACAGCGAGGCAUGGCACACAGCAAGGUACGGGGAUCCGAUCCACGAGACCAGCGAUGGGGACUGGAAGGUCCGGAUCGACAAGAUGGGCGUCACUUCGAUUCGCCUCGGGGUCAUGCAGAUGAUCAACCAGACAGCGACAACGGGAAUGAACUGGUUCGAUCGCAGCAACGUAGGCUCGGUCUGGUACAUUGGGAACGGGGUGUUCACUGGAGAUCAGAGGGAGAGGAGCACCCAUACGUCAGCUGUGACGUCGGGCUACGGGGAAGGCGAUGUGGUGGGGGUGCAUUUGAGAGGGAAGCUCCUUCACUUCUCGAAAAACGGCCUCGACAUCCCCGGGAAGCUCCAGAGGAGCGGGAGCGUGUAUUUCAGCGUUCAGAUGUGCACCGCAGGUGACCAGGUCACUGUGCUCUCCAAGAGCAAAGACACCGAGAGAUGAUGGAGCAUGCUGGAUGAGACAUCCCGAGCGAUAAUGUUAUGCUGGCCUACUCCUGUCACUGAGUACUUCAUUGCGUACGAUCAAAGUUGAGAACCACUGCUGUGUCAAGGUGCGCAGCUUGUCAUGGCCCAACAGUGGUGCUGGUCGACAUCAAGAUGGUUGAAGGAAGGCGAUGGUAAGUUUGCUUCUUGUCCAUCCUUCCCGCACUCUACUCACCGGCGCACUGAGUUUGGAUGAGUGCGCCGGUCUAGCAAGGUGCAAGAGAGUUUCUAGGGUUAU